AUGGCUACCAAAAGAAUCAAAUACUACCACCAAGAAGAAGAAGACCGAUUAUCAGAAUUACCAGAUUCUAUAAUCUAUCAAAUAUUCUCGUUACUUCCCACAUACAUUCUUGUCCGAAUGAGUGUUCUUUCCAAGCGCUGGAGACACCUCUGGCUUUCAGAUUCCACAUUAUAUGUCGACGACUCUGUACCUCUGUGUAUUCGAUUUCGACGGAGACACAAAUUACUGAACUUCGUAGACAAGUAUCUGAAGCACCACAACAAUCACAUGCUACAAAGAUUUAAGCUUGUCAUGCAUUACUAUGGAUCAGAUCAACGGAUAGAUUCUUGGCUUGAAAAAAUUAUAAAACAGAACAAGUCCAUCAAAGAGAUCGAUGUCUGUCUCACAUCGGGUUAUAGAAACAAAGACUACUGCUUAACAGAAAACAUUCUCAAUUCGAGAUCAUUAACAGUUUUGAAGCUCGAAAAUAUGAUAUUGGUAGCCCUAUUCCCUGUGGAACUUCCUUCAUUGAAAGCUGCCUUUUUUAACAAUGUCUCAAUAUUAGAUGAUAAGACACUAGCUAAUCUACUUUUGGGUUGCUCUUCCAUUGAGAAAUUGCUUCUUUCUCAUUGUCGUUUCACAAAGGGAAUUGUGUUUUCGAAUUCGAAUAUAAAGUCCUUGGAAAUCUAUCAAUGUAAUGGUUUACGUGCAGGAAGAAUUCAAGUUGAAGCUGUGAAUCUCGAGUCUUUUGUAUAUAAGGGAAGUUUAAUGUCUAUAUAUUCCGAAGCUCAUAAGUAUAGAGACCAAGGUAUUGAUAUCUCUGCUUGUGGAAGACUAAGAAAUUUGUGUGUAUCGAACACAGUGCUCGAUGAUCAAUGGUUGAUAAGCUUGUUCUCGAAACAUGUUGAGCUUGAGAGAUUGAAGUUGGACAACUGCUCUGGUUUGAAACAUAUAAAUAUCAAAAGUGAGAAGCUGAAAGUGUUUAUUUUGUGUGGUUAUGGAAAAGAAACUAACAAGGUUGAGUCCACAACUAUAAAUGCACCAAAUUUAGUUUCCUUCAUGUUUGAAGGUUAUCGUACUAUUUCCAACUUUUCAAUGAAGGCUCCGAAUCUGAUUGAACCAAGAAUCAAACUUGUUAGGAAUUCUACAUUCUAUGAUACAGAUUGGUAUGUAAAUCUGAUCAAGUUUCUUCAAUAUUUUGAUGGAUCCAACAGUCGACUAAGCCUGGAAGUUAUGGCAGAGGAGGCUCUAUUAAUUCCAGAGAUAUUGAAAGAAGUUUGUCAUCAACCCCUGCCUACUCUGAAGCUUCUAAAGAGAAUUGAUCUGAAGGAGUUGGAUAUCUCUUUCAAACCAAAUUGCGACGAAUACUAUUGCUUACCUCAGUCUGUCUAUAAAGCAAUAUCCUUAACUCACCUUAAGUUGGAAAAUCUCAAUAAUAGCAUUGAGGCCCCAUGUAGUACACCAAAUUUAGCUUAUUUUAGAUAUGAAGUUGAUGAACGUUCGAAGUGUUCGUUGAACUCUCCCAAUAUUUCGGAAGCAAAGAUGAAUCUUUGGAACCACAUGUUUAUCUGUGAUGCAUAUUGGUAUUCUGAUCCAGUACUGUUUCUUUUUCACCUGUAUUUCUUGAAGAAAUUGAGCCUGAUUGUCUUCUUGGAAGAGGCUUUCAUUAUACCAAAAAAUGUGAGGAAUUGGAUCCGAAGUUCGACUUUGCCUGGUUUGAAGCAUCUGGAGGUAGAUAUAAAUGAUUCAAUGGGAAGCAAUUAUUCAGAAUUGAUUGAAACUGUGUUUUGGUGUGCACCUACUCUGGAGACCUUUGCAUUAAUAAAGUAA